AUGGAAGAUUUAGGUUUCUCUGAGUAAGAUAGAGAUGCUUUAGAGAGAGAAUUUUAAGAAGUAAGAUAACAAUAGCUAUAUAUAGAUAAUAAAUGAAUUAGCUAAUGAGCCUGCUUUAGAGAGAUUUAGGCAAGAAUAUACAAAAUUACAUUAAGCAUUUCGAAACGCUUAUGAUUAAGAGAGAAGAUUACUUAGAAAAUUGAGAGAUAUCAAUAGUGAUAUUUUAAAUAAUGCUGGAAAAGUAACUAAUGCAUUGAAAUUUUCACAAGAAGAUGUUGAAAGAAUCAAAUUACUAAAAACUGAUCUUGAUAAUACUUAUAAAAUUAUUGAAUAAGCAUAAAUGAGAGAAGAUAAAUUAAAAUAGAAAAUUGAAAACUUUUAGGCUGAAAUUAAACAUCUAUAAGAUUUAGUUGAAUAAGGUAAUGCUUUAUAGAGUUAAACUAAUAAAAUCACAGAAUUGUAAACUUAAAAAGAAGAAUUAAUUAAAGGUAUUUUUAUAAUCUUUUGUAGAAAGGGACAGUUUAUAAGCAGAGUUAAUUAAAAAUAGAUCAGAAACAGGAGGUCAUAUUACUUCAUUAAAGUUGUUGGAAAAUGAUAAAUUAAUACUUGAUUAAAGUUCAUAAUAAUUAAAAAAGAAUUUAUAAGAAAUGUAAGAAAAAGUAGAUAAAGAUGAAUAAAGAAGAAAUAACAUUAAUGAAGAAUUAGAAUAAUUAAGGUAGAACUACAUUAAAACAAAAAAAGAAUAUGAGAAAUAAAAAGAAGAUUUAUCUAAAGUAUAAAUAGAAUUAAAGAAAUAAACAGAAACAUUAUAGAAAAAGGAUGAAGAUAAGGAAAUAGAAGAAAAUGAACUAAGAAAAUUAAGAGAUUAAGUAGCUGAAGUAAAAAAGAUUCACAAAGAGAUAAUGAAUAAAAAGGAAGAGAAUGAAGAUAUUAGAGAGAGUAAUGAAGCAGAAAUAAUUAAGUUAAAGAAUGAGAAAAAUAAUGCAAGAACUCAUUUAAAUUAAGUAGAGAAGAAAAAUAAUAAUUUGAAUAAAAAAUUAUUAGAUUUAUAAAAGCAAAGAGAUAAAAUAAUAAAAGAUAAAGAAGUAGCAAUAAAUUCAAUUUAAUAAUUGGAUAGACAUGUAACAGAUACAAAGAAAUUUAAUGAAUAAGAUUAAUAAUUACUUGAGGAAUUAAGAAAAGCACAUAUAAGUUUUGCAAAUCAUAAAGCUAAAUCAGAAGAAUAUAAUAGUAAAUUAAAUGAGAAAAUAAAUUCGAUUGAUAAUCAAAUAGUAUCUUAAGAGGAGGAGAUAGUAAAUUUAUAAAAGGAAGUAGAUGAGCGAGAGAAACAAUUCGUAAUAAAUACAAAGAAGAAGGAGAAAUUUGGAAAGGAUGCUGCUCUAAUAAAUGCAAAGUUUUUGCAUUCUUAAGAGGAAAUCAAAUUAAAAGAUAAUUUAAUAAGUGAAUUUUAGAAGAAAAAUAUAGAAACAGAUAAUAAAUUAAAAUAAUAAUAACAUUUAUAUGAGGAAGUAAGAUCAGAUAGAAACUUAUAUUCAAAAAACUUAUUAGAGACAUAAGAUGAGAUAGCAGUUAUAAAGAGAAGACAUAAGAUAGUUUAACAUUAGAUAGCUUAAUUGAAAGAGGAAAUAGAUGCAAAGGAAGUAGCAUUAGCUAAAGAACAUUUUGAACAUAAAAAGAAGGAUAAGACUAUAGAGGAAUGUUGUAGAAUUCUAGAGAAGAAUAGAAAGGAAAUAGAAGAGAAGGAAGAAACAAUAAAAAAUUAUGUAGGUGAAAUAUCUAAAUUGCAUUUUGUUUUAAAGGAUAGUGAAAUUAAGAGAUAGAAACUUAAAGAAGAAUAUGAGACAGUAGUAUCUGAAAGGGAUAUAUUAGGUACUUAAUUGAUUAGAAGAAAUGAUGAAUCAGCAUUGUUAUAUGAGAAAAUUAAAGUAUAAUAAGAGACUUUAGCUUAUGGUGAAUAAUAAUAUAGAGAAAGACUUAGUGAUAUAGAAUUAUUAAAGUUUAAGAUAUCAGAUUUAUAAAGAGAAUUAAAAAUUAAGAGAAAGAAGGCUGGCUAAGCUCCUAUUUUAAAAGAGAAAAUUAAUAAUUUAUAAAAGGAUUUAGUAGAAGAAAAAUUGAGAGUAAAGGCAUUAAGUGAAGAAUUAGAAAAUCCAUUGAAUCCUUAAAGAUGCAAAAAACUAGGAGGAGUAAGAAUUAUCAUAUAAUUAUAGAGUGAUCCAGAUGUUUAUGAAAUGAAAUAAAAAAUUAAAACUUUACAAAGAAGAUUGAUCUAUAAAACUGAAUAAGUUGUAGAAAAAGAAGUUUUAAUUCAACAAAAAGAGAAACAAAUAUUGGAAUUAAGAGAUAUAAUGAGAAAAUAACCAGGAUUAGAAGAAGCUACUUAAAUUUCUAAAUUACAAGAGCAAAUGAAAGCAAAGACUAGAUAAAUGAAAAGUUUAGCUGCUGAAUUAAAUAUGUAUUAAGCUUAAGUAAUUGAUCUAUAUAAUAAUAGAUUAAUGAAUAUAAAUACGAUAUCGAGAGAUUAAAUAAAGAACUUUAAGAGACUAAUAGAAAAUAUUUGGAAUAAAGGAGAAGAGAAUAAAUCUAAUAGGAACAGCAAUAACUAAUGGAAUAAAAUCAAUAGAAUUAACAGCCAGAAUGAUGAUAUAUUAUAAUAUGUUAUAUUAUCUACAAUAGAGAGG